CCAAAGAUACCGAUUCAGAGACCGGGCUAAAACGGAAUCAUGAUGGAGGCAGAACCAGAGCUUCAUCGUUAACGAUCCACGAGAGGAAAACGAAACAUACCGCAACGUUUUUUUGAGUGAUUAAACCUUCGCUGCAAAGACUUUCUUGUAAAAUGGCGUUAAGGAAAAUCAAGGAACAAUGGCUGGAUGCGUGGAUUUAUGUUUCUCUGCCCCUGCUGAUUGUGACUAAUUUGGAAGGAAUAUCUGCUCAAAUACGGUAUUCCAUUCAGGAAGAAUUGAAAAUAGGCACUGCCGUUGGAAAUAUGGCAAAAGACCUCGGAUUAGAUGCUGGGAGACUCGCAGAUAGGAAUCUGCGUGUUGUGUCAGGAACAAAGCAGGAACUGUUUAAGCUAAAUACGGGAGAUGGAGUUUUAUUAGUGAACCAGAGAAUAAAUCGAGAGGACCUGUGUGUAAAAACGGUUCCAUGCGUCACAAAUUUGAAAGCCGUUGUAGAAAAUCCCCUCGAGAUGCACCAAAUAACUGUGGAAAUACUCGAUGUAAAUGACAAUUCUCCGAAAUUUCCUGAUGAUAACUACACGUUGGAGGUGCUGGAGUCCGCCGUAGUUGGAUCUCGAUUUCAAAUGGAAGGAGCACACGACAUGGAUGUUGGUUUGAAUGCCUUGCAGUCAUAUAAGCUCAACCACAACCAGUAUUUUCGCCUCGAAACUGAAGAAUUUGGGGAGGAUGGAAAGGUUCCUUUCUUAAUCUUACAGCGACCGUUGGAUAGAGAACACGCUGCUCAACACCACCUACUCUUAACAGCUAAUGAUGGGGGUAAACCUUUAAAAUCUGGUACUAUUAAUGUCACUGUUAUUGUGUCUGAUAUAAAUGACAACUCACCAGUGUGUGAUAAACAGAAAUACACCGUAACAAUAAAGGAAAACGUACCGACAGGAACAUUCCUGCUGACAGUAAACGCGUCUGACCCAGACGAAGGGGUUAACGGUGAAAUCGAAUAUUCUUUACGGAGUAAACCCGGAAGACUCUCAUCUGAACCGUUUGACCUGAAUAGCAGAACUGGGAAAAUAACGGUGAAAGGAGGUCUUGAUUACGAAGCAAAGCAAGUCUAUGAGAUUAAGAUACUGGCUGCAGACAAAGGUGCAGUGUCCCUCUCCACACACUGCAACGUGGUUGUUAAAGUGGAAGACGUGAACGACAAUAAACCCGAAAUAGAGAUCACGUCCCUUUCGAGUCGCAUUCCAGAGGAUGCACCUCCUGGCACGGUGGUGGCGUUGAUGGGUGUGACGGACCUUGACUCGGGUGUGAACGGACAGGUGGCAUGCAGUGUGCCUGCACAUCUGCCUUUUGACUUAAAGCCGUCCCCCGAUGGACAGUCAUACUCUUUGGUCACCAAGGACUACCUAGACAAAGAGACAAUGCAUAUGUAUGAAAUCACAAUAACAGCUAAGGAUUUAGGAAAUCCAGCGCUGUCAUCAACCAAGGUGAUACAGGUAAAUGUGUUGGAUGUUAAUGAUAAUUCUCCCUUGUUCACUGAAAGCCCUUAUACUUUUUAUGUACCUGAAAACAAUAAGGCUGGGAUGUCAAUAUUUUCAGUAAGAGCAGAAGAUGUCGAUGGAGGCGAAAAUGCUGCAGUCAUGUAUUCUCUCGACCGCAAGAGUUCGUCACCCACCAUUACAUCAUUUUUAAAUAUCAAUGAAGCCAAUGGCACAAUUUUAGCUCUAAAAGGUUUUGACUUUGAAACCCUGAAAACGUUCCAGUUUCAAGUUGUCGCCACAGAUUCUGGGACUCCAUCACUGAGCAGCAACGUCACGGUGCACGUGUUCAUUCUGGAUCAGAACGACAACGCUCCGAUCAUCUUGUAUCCUCUCAGCUCUAACGGUUCUGCUGAAGGUGUGGAGGAGAUUCCCCGCAAUGUGAACGCAGGACACUUGGUGACUAAAGUCAGAGCCUAUGACGCUGAUAUAGGAUAUAACGGCUGGUUACUGUUUUCACUGCAGGAAGUUACUGACCACAGUCUCUUUGGGUUGGACCGCUAUACAGGACAGAUCAGAACACUUCGCUCGUUCACAGAGACGGACGAGGCUGAGCAUAAACUGGUCAUACUGGUGAAAGACAACGGGAACGUUUCACUCUCAGCAACAGCUACUGUGAUUGUCAAAGUUGUGGAGCCCAAAGAGGCUUUUGCUGCUUCGGAUGUUAAAAGUGCAACAAAUGACGAGGAGGAGAAUAACGUGACUUUUUACCUGAUGAUAACUUUGGGCUCAGUUUCAACACUUUUUCUCAUCAGUAUCAUCGUGCUGAUUGCAAUGCAGUGCUCUAAAUCCACAGAGUAUACUUCUAAAUAUCUACAAGAGACCAAUUAUGACGGGACACUUUGUCACAGCAUCCAGUACAGAUCUGGAGAGAAGCGCUACAUGUUAGUUGGACCCAGAAUGAGUAUAGGAUCUACCAUCGUCCCGGGAAGCCAUGCGAAUACACUGAUGCUCCCUGACAGGAGAUCAGCUACUGCGGAGGUAAGAUAUAUGUAACUGCAACCUUGUUUU